CUUGGGCGAGGGGGUUCAAGCGAAGGUCCCCUGGCCGUUGGCGGGGCUCCACUCGUUCGGCAGUACCCCAUCUGGCUGCGAUUUUCCAGCUGUCUUACUGUCUGCUGCUUGUCCUUCUGGGCUGGUUGCUGUCUGUUUCUCCGUCCUCCAAUGCCCUGGUACCUGUUCUCAGCCCUACCUCACCAACUCGCCAUCCUCGCCUCCUGCAACCUCUCGUGACCCCUUCAAGGCUCUGGCGACCGCUUGCCCAUUCCACAUCACCAGCAUCCUGACGACCGUCCUCGAAGCUGCCGCGUGUCGUACUGCUGAACCUUGCCGGGCCGCCAAACAGCCUCUAGACUUGAGACGACGGACAGCUCCUCGCUGAUUUGCCCUCUCGUCUCGUACCCCUCGCUGCACCUCGCCUCGCCUUGGGUUGCCUCGCCUUGUCGUCCUCGCCGCCCACCAUGGACGCAGACGGCGCCGGUUCGGACCCUCGCAACGCCCAGGUCGACAAUGCGAUCCGUGCCAUACAGCAGAAGAAGCCGCUGCCCGAGAUCGACUUCUCCAUCCACCAGAUGGAAGAUGGCAGCCAAGUCAGCACCAUGGAGAGGGUCUGCAAAGAUGUCCAAGCUCCGGCCAUGCUGAAGCCCACCGACGAGCAAUUCUUCGAGGACGACACCCAGAGCAAGCCCGACAUCGCCUUCCUGAAGUCGCACUUCUACAGGGAGGGUCGCCUGACCGAGGAACAGGCGCUAUGGAUCAUCCGGAAGGGCACAGAGCUGCUGCGUUCCGAGCCCAACCUCCUGGAGAUGGACGCCCCCAUAACCGUCUGUGGCGACGUCCACGGCCAGUACUACGAUCUCAUGAAGCUUUUCGAGGUCGGAGGCGACCCCGCCGAGACGAGAUACCUUUUCCUAGGCGACUACGUCGACCGUGGCUACUUCAGUAUCGAGUGUGUCCUGUACCUCUGGUCGUUGAAGAUCCACUACCCAAAGACACUGUGGCUGCUCCGGGGAAACCACGAAUGCCGUCACUUGACAGACUACUUCACCUUCAAGCUCGAAUGCAAGCACAAGUACUCCGAGGCCGUAUACGAGGCUUGCAUGGAGUCCUUCUGUUCACUGCCUCUUGCCGCAGUCAUGAACAAGCAGUUCCUGUGUAUCCAUGGUGGUCUGAGCCCCGAAUUGCACACCCUUGACGAUAUCCGAAAUAUUGACCGAUUCAGAGAACCACCCACGCAGGGCCUCAUGUGCGACAUCCUCUGGGCCGAUCCGCUCGAGGACUUUGGCCAGGAAAAGACCAACGAUUACUUCCUGCAUAAUCACGUCAGGGGCUGCUCGUACUUCUUCUCAUACCCGGCAGCAUGCGCGUUCCUCGAAAAGAACAACCUGUUGUCGGUCAUCCGCGCACAUGAGGCACAGGAUGCGGGAUAUAGGAUGUACCGUAAGACGAGGACGACGGGCUUCCCAAGUGUUAUGACCAUUUUCUCCGCCCCAAACUACCUCGACGUUUACAACAACAAGGCCGCCGUGUUGAAGUACGAGAACAAUGUCAUGAACAUCCGGCAGUUCAACUGCACGCCGCACCCAUAUUGGCUGCCCAACUUCAUGGAUGUCUUCACAUGGUCUCUGCCUUUCGUCGGCGAGAAGAUCACGGACAUGCUCAUUGCCAUUCUUAGCACGUGCAGCGAGGAUGAGCUCCGUGAUGAUUCCUCCUCGUCCCCCGGGCCGGUGUCGCCGCCCAUCACGCCCUCGGCCAACGUGGACCCAGACUCGGUGGAGGCGAAGAGGCGGGCAAUCAAGAACAAGAUCCUCGCGAUUGGCCGUCUCUCCCGCGUUUUCCAGGUCCUCCGAGAAGAAUCUGAGAGUGUUACGGAACUCAAGACUGUUUCUGGAGGAAGGCUGCCGGCGGGUACCCUUAUGUUGGGAGCCGAGGGCAUCAAGAACGCCAUCAGCACGUUCGAAGAUGCCCGGAAGGUCGACCUUCAGAAUGAAAGGCUACCUCCUACCCACGAAGAGGUUCAGCGCGCCACUGAGGAGGAACGCCAGCAGGCCCUGGAGAGGGCAACACGGGAGGCGGAUAAUGAUAAGAAGCUCCAGUCGCUCUCCAGGCGACUUUCGACUGAUCGCGAUACCCGCAAGAGAUAAUUUCUACUUCCGCACCGCAUUCUCCAAGAUCAGGCGGCACAGGCUGGUGGAUGCCCAACGAAGCUUCAGUCAGGGAUGGGACGCAAGCAUAAAUGUCGAGAACGCCCGCUCACCUGGUAAAUGGCAGGCCACGCGGUCGGUGUGUAUUGGGACAACGGCUGCAACAGGGUCAAAAACCGGCGAAGCAUAUCCUCUUGUCGGAACCAGCAAGCUUUUUUCAUAUUCUUGUCCGCAACAGGCUCAUGAUGCCUUAUUCCCCCCUUUUCUCACAGGUUUUCUGCCGGCCCAAAGGGCCGGUCGUGAUUUCGUGGCACCACUGUAUACAGCUGUAAAGGCUGAGCAAGAGUCUAGACACAGCGAGGCGAAAGGAAGAGAGGCUGCUUCAAACAGUUCACGAGGGAGGGAGGUCAGGGGGGAUGGGGGUGGGUUCGGUACGUGCGUACGUGGAAUGUGUGUACCUCUCACCUCGACACAUGAUGGAACAUUUACUUCAGUGUUUUCUCGGGCCUGUUCAAAACUGCAUGUGUCAAGGGUGAAAUUUGCACUGAAUCUGAAGAUCGUGAUGGCCCCUGAGCCAACAUGUACUGAACACUGCCUACCUAGGCAUUUACAGCUCCCUCUUCCGGGCAACGUCAGUCCCUGCGCGUGCACUGCCCACCCCCCGGUCCUUUUUGAUGACGAUGGUGAUCUCUUCCCGUCGACGCCGACUGCGACGUCACUGUCGAAUUCCUUGUCAGUCUGGGUGAUCAGAGAUGUUGAUCCCGGAGCAAAACGACAUAUCUGAUGACAGGAGCAUAUAUGUGGGUACCUAGCAAUAUAUACAUGCUCUAUCAGCAUGGGGUAAGACAGACACUUGCAGAGAUAGCGUUAACCCGUAUUCGCGUCCAUCGUCAUAAACAUCAAGAGACACAGCUCUUCCCCAACACACCCACGGCCAACCCGCGACGGCGUCCCAACCCCAUGCCUAACACCCCGCUUCCCAACCAACAAGAACUCACUCAAAAGAUGGCCAAGAUAUUCGGCGGGCUCGCAACACCACCGGGGACAUUACAGGGCUCGCUGGCGACGAAGAAGCUCCACCUGCCCUCGCGCGCGCACGCCUCGGCCAGGCCCUCGAGCCAGAACAGCUCGCCGAUGGGGCACCCGUAGCCGGCGAGGAGCACCUCGUGCAGGGCCCAGUCCUCGCGGCUGGGCCAGGCCUCGAACGACGGCUGGUCGCCCGCCACGGCGGAGAAGUUGUCCCACACCCAGCGGAUCAUCUCCUCGGACUGCUCGACGCCGCCGAAGCGGUGCGGGAGCCGCGCCUGGU